AACAGCCUGCUGCUGUGCAGUGUGCACCACCAACAUCUGACAUCUCCAAUGGAUUCUUCUCUUGUCCUAGCGCUUAUCGCCGUCGCCUUGCCCGUGCUCCUCCAUCUCCUAAAGAGGGGAAAGACGCCAUGGCGGCCGGCCGCGGCCAAGCUGCCGCCGGGCUCCCUUGGCCUGCCGGUGAUCGGCCAGAGCAUCGGUCUUCUCCGCGCCAUGCGCGCCAACACUGCCGAGCGGUGGAUCCUGGACCGGAUACACCGGUACGGUCCGGUGUCCAAGCUGUCGCUGUUCGGCAGGCCGACGGUGCUCGUCGCGGGGUCGGCGGCCAACAGGUUCAUCUUCUUCAGCAGCGCCUUAGCGAUGCAGCAGCCUCGGUCAGUGCAGCGGAUCCUGGGGGACAAGAGCAUCCUGGAGCUCACGGGCGCCGACCACAAGCGGAUCCGCGGCGCGCUGGUCGAGUUCCUCAAGCCGGACAUGCUGAGGCUGUACGUGGGCAAGAUCGACGGCGAGGUUCGGCGCCACCUCGACGAGUGCUGGGCCGGCCGCUGCACCGUCACGGUGAUGCCGCACAUGAAGAGGCUCACGUUCGACAUCAUCUCCCUGCUGCUCUUCGGCCUCGAGCGGAGCCCGCUCCAGGACGCCCUCGCGGGCGACUUCGCCCGCGUCAUGGAUGGCAUAUGGGCCGUCCCGGUGAACCUGCCGUUCACGGCGUUCAGCCGGAGCCUCAGGGCCAGCGCCAGGGCUCGCCGGCUGAUCGCGGGGAUCGCGCGGGAGACCAGGGCCAAGCUGGAAAGGGGCGAGGCCUCCCGUAGCAGCGACCUCAUCGCGUGCCUGCUCAGUCUGACCGACCACAGCGGCGCGCGGCUGCUGAGCGAGGAGGAGAUCGUGGACAACUCCAUGGUGGCCCUCGUCGCCGGUCACGACACGUCGUCAAUUCUCAUGACGUUCAUGGUCCGCCACCUCGCCAACGACCCGGACACCCUCGCCGCCAUGGUCCAAGAGCACGACGAGAUCGCAAAGAACAAGGGCGACGGCCAGACCCUGGACUGGGAGGACCUGGCGAAGAUGAAGUACACGUGGCGCGUCGCGCUGGAGACCCUUCGCUUGGUGCCUCCCAUCUUCGGCAACUUCCGGCGAGCGAUGCAGGACAUCGAGUUCGACGGCUACCUCAUCCCAAAAGGAUGGCAGGUGUUCUGGGCGGCGAGCGUGACGCACAUGGACACGGGCAUCUUCCACGAGCCGGCAAAGUUCGACCCGUCCCGGUUCGAGAACCAGUCGGCGGCAUCGGCGCCGCCGUGCUCGUUCGUCGCGUUCGGCGGGGGUCCGAGGAUCUGCGUCGGCAUGGAGUUCGCCAGGAUCGAGACGCUGGUGACGAUGCAUUACCUUGUCAGGCGGUUUAGGUGGAAGCUCUGCUGCAAGAACGAUACCUUCGCCAGGGACCCCAUGCCAUCGCCGCUGCACGGACUGCCCAUAGAACUUGAGCAGAAGGCAUCGCCAUGAUCGUGACAAAAUUUGGCGGCAGAUAUACAUGGCAGUGCUUUUUAAGGAUCAGGGAGUGGGGUGGGGAGGAGAUUAGCCCCUACUGGAAAAUAAAUUAACACGUAGAAAAAUUAGCUCUACUGCAUAAAAGAAAAAAACAAAUCAUGAAAAUAUAUUUCAUAAUGCAUCAAAUGAUAUUAAGAGCAUAUAUAAUGUGUGUUUUGAGCUGUGUCUUCAGACGCGUCUAAGGUGAUAAAUGUAAAAAAAAUCUAAGACAUGUCUCUUGAUGAAGUUAUUAUGUCUUGUCUCUAUGCUCGAGACUGAGGACUGACUAAUUAGUCAAUUUAAUUUAUUGAAUAAUUGAUUGGUGUAAUGAAUAUAGUAAGACACA